AUGGCUGACCACCAGCUAUGGGAGGUCGUAGGUGGUGUGGACAAGGGAGGCAUUGUGGUCCGCUCCGGCAGGGAGUUGUCCUCACCAGAAGAAUCUUCCAGACUCUCCACCGGCGCCCUCAUCCGUCAAGAAGAGCUGGUGGGCGAGCGUCUCAAGUACACCCGCCUCAGUGGUACGGGGCCAUCGACGGGCUGGGUGAGUCUCAAGGUGAAAGACAGGCCGAUGGUCGUCAAAAGUGACAAACCGGACCCCACCGCGCCGCCGGAUCCGCCGGAGAAGCCGGUGCCGAACGGCGGCAUCGAGGAGCCGGACGACCAGGUCUCUACUGAGGGCGGUUCCCCGGUGAAGACAGAAGCCGACCAACGGACGGCCAACGAUGCCCCUUUGGGUGACGUAAGUUUCGACGAUGAAGAGGAAGCUGGCGAGGCAGAGCCAGCACAACCUGAGCCUCAGGUCGAUGCACCAAAGGAGACACCUCCCGAGCCGGCAGCGCCUGCGACGCCUGGCGAGAUUGCGGUGGGAUGCCAGGUGGAGAUUCAAGGCUUGAAGAGUAAACCCGAGUUGAAUGGCAAACGUGCCACAGCGAUGUCGAAGGAUGAGUCAGCCGGGCGAUGGGAGGUGAAGUUAGAUGGUCCGGCAGAUGAACGCGUGCGGUGCAAGCCAGAGAAUCUGCAGGUAGUGGUGGCCAAAACCAGUCCCAAGAAGGCCCAGGGCGAUGCCAACUUCAAGGAGGGUCGCCUGGAGCAAGCCAUCAGCUGCUACAGAGAAGCCUUGGAGGAUGCGAAGGGCGACGCUGAGUUUGCAGCUACGAUCCACUCGAACCUGGCGGCGGCAUAUGCCAAAAAGGGCGACCAUGACAAAGCCCUUGCAGCGGCAGAGGAGGCUAUUCGAUUACGGCCGGAUUGGGCAAAGGCCCAUUCACGUAAAGGCUUGAGCCUGCUUAGCCUGGGCCGCUUUGCUGAUGCACAGGCCAGCUACAUUCAAGCAGUGAAAAACGAUCCGGUGACAGAUGGCUACCUUGUGAUGAGCCCCAGUGGAUGGCUGGAACAGUUCCGUCCCUCCAGUUAG